AUGGCUGGUUUGAAUACGACGGCUGGUUUGAAUGCGAUGGCUGGCUUGAACGUGAUGGCUGCUAAAGCACCUGGAACACCUAGAACACCAAAACACUUGGAACACCGAACCCUAGGACCAAUAAUGGAACAAACGGCUAGAACGAAUGGGACGGCUGGUUUGAAUGCGAUGACUGGAACAAAUAGAACAACUAGAACUGACAGAACUGUG